GACAGCUUCCGGUCCGUUUCCCCGCCCCUCCGUGGCUGAAGCUGUCGGGGGCCGGGCUGUGGCGGCCGAGGGGUGGCGGGGGGGCAGGGCGUGGUCAGGUGAGGUGAGUGCACCAGCAGGGCUCCCCGGAGCCAUGGCCUGCUCCAUUGUCCAGUUCUGCUCCUUCCAGGACCUCCAGGCCGCCCGCGACUUCCUCUUCCCUCACCUGCGGGAGGAGACCCCCAUCGGCGCCCUGCGGAGGGACCCCAGUAAAUCGGCGAACUGGGAGGACGAUGGCUGGGGAGCAUGGGAGGAGACCGAGCCCCAGGAACCGGAAGAAGAAGGAAAUACUUGCAAGACACAGAAAACUUCCUGGCUUCAAGACUGUGUUUUAUCCUUAUCUCCAACCAAUGAUCUCAUGGUUAUCGCCCGGGAGCAAAAAGCUGUAUUUCUAGUGCCAAAAUGGAAAUAUGGUGAUAAAGGGAAGGAAGAAAUGCAGUUUGCUGUUGGUUGGAGUGGCUCUUUACACGUUGAAGAAGGGGAGUGUGUGACCAGUGCGCUGUGCAUCCCCCUGGCCAGCCAGAAGAGGAGUUCCACCGGGCGCCCCGACUGGACCUGCACCGUGCUGGGCUUCACCUCCGGCUCCGUGCGCUUCUACACGGAGAACGGCGUGCUCCUGCUCGCGCAGCUGCUGAACGAGGACCCGGUGCUGCAGCUGAAGUGCAGGACCUACGAAAUCCCGCGGCACCCCGGCGUGACCGAGCAGAAUGAAGAGCUGAGCAUCUUAUAUCCAGCUGCCAUUGUGACCAUCGACGGGUUUAGCCUCUUUCAGUCUCUCCGUGCUUGUCGAAACCAAGUAGCAAAAGCUGCCGCGUCAGGCAAUGAGAACAUACAGCCACCACCAUUAGCUUAUAAGAAGUGGGGUCUACAAGAUAUUGACACUAUUGUUGAUCACGCUAGUAUUGGCAUUAUGACGCUGUCCCCUUUCGACCAGAUGAAGACGGCCUCCAACAUAGGCGGGUUCAACGCGGCCAUUAAAAACAGCCCGCCCGCCAUGUCUCAGUACAUCACCGUGGGCUCCAACCCGUUCACCGGCUUCUUCUACGCUUUGGAGGGGAGCACGCAGCCGCUGCUGUCCCACGUGGCCCUGGCCGUCGCCAGCAAGCUCACUUCCGCCUUGUUUAACGCCGCCAGUGGUUGGCUUGGCUGGAAGAGCAGGCACGAGGAAGAGGCUGCCCCAAAGCAGAAGCCGAAGGUCGAACCAGCCACCCCGUUGGCUGUCAGGUUUGGGCUCCCAGACUCGAGACGCCACGGCGAGAGCAUAUGUGUGUCCCCGUGCAACACGCUGGCGGCGGUGACGGACGACUUCGGCAGAGUCGUUUUGUUGGACGUGGCCCAGGGCAUCGCCACGCGCAUGUGGAAAGGGUAUCGGGACGCCCAGAUUGGCUGGAUCCAGAUUGUAGAGGACCUCCACGAAAGAGUCCCCGAAAAGGUGGAUUCGUCCCCCUUUGGAAAUGCCCAGGGUCCCAGCCGAGUAGCUCAGUUCCUGGUGAUCUACGCCCCGAGGCGGGGCAUUUUGGAGGUGUGGAGCACGCAGCAGGGGCCCCGAGUGGGGGCCUUCAACGUGGGGAAGCACUGCCGGCUUCUGUAUCCCGGCUACAAGAUCAUGGGCUUAAAUAACGUCACCAGUCAGAGCUGGCAGCCGCAGACGUACCAGAUCUGCCUCGUCGACCCCGUGUCCGCGAGUGUGAAGACAGUGACCGUCCCCUUCCACCUGGCGCUGAGCGACAAGAAGAGCGAGCGCGCCAAGGACAUGCACCUAGUGAAGAAGCUGGCGGAGCUGCUGAAGACCAAGUCUCCCAGCCUUGAUGUGGUGGAAAGAGAAAUAAAGGAAGUAAUUCUUGAUAUUAAGUACCCCGCGACCAAAAAGCAGGCUCUGGAAAGCAUUCUGGCGAGUGAGCGCUUACCGUUCUCCUGCCUGAGAGACGUCACCCAGACUCUGGUGGACACUUUGAAAAAUCAAGAACUGGAGUCUGUUGACGAGGGGCUGCUCCAGUUCUGUGCCAGCAAACUGAAACUGCUCCAUCUGUACGAGUCUGUCCGCCAGUUAAACUCCCUGGGUUUUCACUCGGACGCACCCUCCUCUGACCACGACUUGGCCGUCCUACUGAGGCUUGACGAGAACGAGCUCCUCAAGCUGCAGGCGUUGUUAGAGAAGUACAAGCGAGAGACCGCCAGGACUGCGGUGCGGUUUUCCGACGAGGACGACGGCGCGUGGCCCGUGAAGACAUUCCUGGAACACUUGGAGUGUGAGAAGGACGCGGUCAGCGUGAAGAAGAUGAGCGAGGAGGAGUACGUGGCCUUAGGCAGUUUCUUCUUUUGGAAGUGUCUGCAAGGCGAAAGCCCCCCGGAGGACGUGUGUCGCACCUUGGAGUCGGCCGGACUGAGCCCCCAGCUGCUGUUGUCACUGCUCCUGAGUGUCUGGCUUUCCAAGGAAAAGGACGUUCUGGAGCAGCCGCAGUGUGUCUGCUACCUUCACGCGAUGCUGUCUCUCCUGAGCAGGAUGAAAGUGGCCAUGGACGACUCGUGGGACUCCCAGUCGGUGUCCCCGUGGUGGCAGCAGAUGCGCACGGCGUGUGUCCAGUCGGAGAACAACGGGGCGGCGCUGCUGUCCGCGCACGUGGGGCACUCCGUCGCCGCGCAGCUGUCCAACGGCAGCGCCGAGAGGAAGCUUUCCCAGGCGGCGGCGGGCGCGGACGCCGAGGCGCUCACGGACUCCUGGGAGGCCCUCUCCCUGGACACCGAGUACUGGAAGCUGCUGCUCAAGCAGCUGGAGGACUGCCUCGUGCUGCAGACGCUGCUGCACGGCAGGGCCGGCCCGCGUGCCUGCCGGGCGCCGGCGCUGCCCGCCGAGCUGCUGCCCAGGCUCUCCGUCAGGAAGCUCCUCGAGGGAGGCAGAGGCGGCAUUGCAGACAGCGUGGCCAAGUGGGUGUUUAAACAGGACUUGAGCCCCGAAGUGUUAAAACGGGCUAACAGAGAGAGAGAUGCAGAAAACCUGGACGAACCCACAGAAGAUACUCACAGGGGUUCACUGGAGGUGUCAGCAGUGGACAUGGACUUGGGAGCCAUCCCAGACCUGCUGCGGGCCGCCUACGAGCAGUUCCCGUGCAGCCUGGAGCCGGACACGCUGCACGCGCACUGCUGCUGGGAGUGCGUGGUCCAGUGGAACAAGGACCCGGAGGAAGCACGUUUCUUCGUGAGGUCUAUAGAGCACCUGCAGCGCAUUGGCAACGCGCAUGUUCAGCACGGCGUCGCGCUGAUGAUGUGGAACACCUUCUUGGUCAAAAGGUUCUCCGCAGCUACGUACUUGAUGGAGAAGGUUGGAAAGGCACCCAAGGACAGGCUGUGCCGAAGGGACGUGGGCAUGAGCGACACGGCGCUGACCUCCUUCCUCGGCUCCUGCCUGGAUCUCCUGCAGACGCUGAUGGAGGCAGACGUGAGCAGGGACGAGAUGCAGGCGCCCGUCCUGGACACCGAGGACGCUUGGCUCGCUGCCGAGGGCCCGGUCUCGAUCGUGGAGCUGGCGCUGGAGCAGAAGCACGUGCACUACCCGCUGGUGGAGCACCACUCCGUCCUCUGCUCCAUCCUGUACGCGGUGAUGAGGUUCUCUCUGAAGGCUGUGAAGCCACUGUCGCUCUUUGACAGCAAGGGGAAAAAUGCGUUUUUCAAAGACCUAACUUCAAUACAGUUACUGCCUAGUGGAGAAAUGGAUCCCAACUUCAUUUCUGUACGACAGCAGUUCCUGCUGAAGGUCGUCAGCGCGGCCGUCGAGUCUCAGCACGCAGGUGCGAAGGACAAAGGCACCUCGGAGGAGGCACCAGCCACUCCUUUUGGGAAAGACCAAGACUGGCCCGCCCUGGCCGUGGACUUGGCCCAGCACCUUCAAGUCAGUGAGGACGUCGUGAGAAGGCACCACGUGGAAGAACUCUACAACUACGGGGCCGACCACCUGGGCGAAGAGGCCAUCCUCCAGGUCCACGACAAGGAGGUCAUGGCCUCCCAGCUGCUCAUGGUGACGGGGCAGAGGCUGGCGCACGCGCUGCUCCGCACCCAGACCAGAGAGGGCAUGGAGCUGCUGGCCCGGCUGCCGCCCACGCUCUGCACGUGGCUGAAGGCGAUGGACCCCCAGGAUCUUCAGAACACAGAAGUGCCCAUCGCAACAACAGCCAGACUAGUCCACAAAGUCAUCGAGCUUCUGCCCGAAAACCACGGGCAGUACAGUUUAGCCUUACACCUCGUCGAGGCCGUGGAAGCCAUACCCUUCCCCCCCCUAGGGCCCCGCCUAUGACCCCGCCCCCCCGGGCCUGGCAUACCGGGCAGCGCGUGGUGGCCACACAGCGGCGGCUGGGCUUCAUGGAGGGGGAUGCCUUUCUGUUCCUUUUGUAAAAUGAAUU